AUGCAUGGAGAGAGAACACUACCGCAGCACUGUGCGUAUGGAGAGAGAACACUACCGCAGCACUGUAUGCAUGGGGGGGGGGUGGAGAGAACACUACCGGCAGCACUGUAUGCAUGGAGAGAGAGAAAACUACCGCCAGCACUGUAUGCAUGGAGAGAGAGAAAACUACUGCCAGCACUGUAUGCAUGGAGAGAGAGAAAACUACCGCCAGCACUGUAUGUAUGGAGAGAGAGAACACUACCGGCAGCACUGUAUGUAUGGAGAGAGAGAGAGAACACUACCGGCAGCACUGUAUGUGUGGAGAGAGAAAACACUACCGGCAGCACUGUAUGUGUGGAGAGAGAGAACACUACCGGCAGCACUGUAUGUGUGGAGAGAGAGAACACCACCGGCAGCACUGUAUGUGUGGAGAGAGAGAGAGAACACUACCGGCAGCACUGUAUGUGUGGAGAGAGAGCAUACUACCGGCAGCAGUGUAUGUAUAGAGAGCGCAUACUACCGGCAGCCGUGUAUGUAUGGGUUAUAAAGGAACGGUUCCCUUCAAACCCUCAUGCACACAGUAUUUGA